AUGUAUCACAGUGACAUGCCAGAAGAGACAAAGCUUGCACCACUGGAGGAGAGUUCCACUCAGGAAGGGAAAUAUCCCAUGCCUGAAGAUGCCUGGUAUAUGGAUAGGUCCAGGAAGGGUAGCAUAGAUCAGUCAGUAUUAAAGGAGUUGCCUCCUGAGCUACUGGCAGAAAUUGAAUCCACCAUGCCACUUUGUGAACGUGUGAAAAUGAACAAGCGCAAACGUAGUACGGUUAACGAGAAACCAAAAUAUGCUGAAAUCAGUUCUGAUGAAGACAAUGACAGUGAAGAAGCUUUUGAAUCUUCUCGAAAAAGAUAUAAAAAAGAUAGAGAUGAAGCUUGGGAGUAUGAAGAACAUGACAGAAGAAGUUCUGGUGACCACAGGAGAAGUGGUCAUUAUCAUGAAGGAAGAAGGACUUCUGGUAGUGGCCGUUACCGUAAUCGAAGUCCUGAUGACUCUGAUAUGGAUGAUUAUUCUCCUCCUCCUAGCCUCAGUGAGGUGGCUCGAAAAAUGAAGAAAAAAGAAAAACAAAAGAAAAGAAAAGCUUAUGAACCUAAACUAACACCUGAAGAAAUGUUGGAUUCUUCAACUUUUAAAAGGUUUUCUGCUUCAAUAGAGAAUAUUCUGGAAAAUCUGGAAGACUUGGACUUCACAGCUUUCGGUGAUAAUGAUGAGAUUCCACAAGAAUUGCUACUGGGAAAACAUCAACUAAGUGAGUUGGGUAGUGAAUCUGCAAAAAUCAAGGCAAUGGGCAUUAUGGACAAGCUCUCAACAGAUAAAACAGUAAAGGUCCUGAAUAUUUUGGAGAAGAAUAUCCAAGAUGGAUCAAAGCUUUCUACAUUACUUAACCAUAACAAUGACACUGAAGAUGAAGAGAGAUUAUGGAGAGAUCUUAUUAUGGAGAGAGUGACAAAAUCUGCUGAUGCUUGUCUUACUGCUAUCAAUAUUAUGACAUCACCAAACAUGCCUAAAGCUGUAUAUAUUGAGGAUGUAAUUGAAAGAGUUAUUCAGUAUACAAAAUUUCAUUUGCAGAACACUCUCUAUCCUCAGUAUGACCCUGUAUAUAGAGUGGAUCCUCAUGGUGGUGGUGUUUUGAGUUCAAAAGCAAAACGUGCUAAGUGUUCCACCCACAAACAAAGAGUUAUAGUGAUGUUGUAUAACAAAGUUUGUGACAUUGUCAGCAGUUUGUCAGAGUUGCUAGAGAUACAGCUUCUAACCGAUACAACUAUUCUUCAGGUAUCAUCUAUGGGAAUAACACCUUUCUUUGUAGAAAAUGUUAGUGAACUACAGUUAUGUGCCAUCAAAUUGGUGACUGCAGUCUUCUCCAGGUAUGAAAAACAUAGGCAGCUAAUACUGGAAGAAAUUUUCACUUCCCUUGCAAGGCUACCAACUAGCAAGAGGAGUUUAAGAAACUUCAGGUUAAAUAGUAGUGACACUGAUGGAGAGCCUAUGUAUAUUCAGAUGGUAACGGCACUAGUUCUGCAGCUUAUUCAGUGUGUUGUGCACUUACCAUCAGCAGAAAAAGGUUCUAAUUCAGAGGAGGAAUCGAAUAAAAAAGUGGAUCAAGAUGUGCUUAUUACUAAUUCAUAUGAAACAGCCAUGAGAACAGCACAAAACUUCCUUUCUAUUUUCCUUAAGAAGUGUGGUAGUAAACAAGGGGAAGAAGAUUAUAGGCCGCUGUUUGAGAACUUCAUUCAAGAUCUUCUUUCCACAGUCAAUAAACCAGAAUGGCCAGCUGCAGAAUUGCUGCUUAGCUUAUUAGGAAGGCUAUUGGUUCAUCAAUUCAGUAACAAAUCUACAGAAAUGGCUUUAAGAGUUGCGUCACUUGACUAUCUUGGAACUGUAGCUGCAAGAUUGAGGAAAGAUGCAGUCACUAGCAAAAUGGAUCAAGGGUCUAUAGCCAGAAUCCUCCAACAGGUUUCAGGAGGAGAAGAUGAAAUUCAGCAGCUACAAAAGGCUUUGCUGGAUUAUCUAGAUGAGAAUACAGAAACCGAUGCGUCAUUAGUGUUUUCUCGGAAGUUUUAUAUAGCUCAGUGGUUCCGUGAUACAACUAUGGAGACAGAGAAAGCAAUUAAAUCUCAGAAGGAUGAGGAUUCAUCUGAAGGAACUCAUCAUGCAAAGGAUGUUGAGACCACAGGACAAAUCAUGCAUAGAGCAGAAAGUCGCAAAAAGUUUCUUCGUAGCGUCAUUACAACUGCUGCAUCUCAGUUCAGUACAUUAAAAAUGAAUUCUGAUACUGUGGACUAUGAAGAUGCUUGUUUGAUUGUUCGCUACUUGGCCUCUAUGAGGCCGUUUGCCCAGAGCUUUGAUAUUUAUUUGACACAGAUUCUGCGUGUGCUUGGUGAAAAUACAAUUGCUGUUCGAACAAAAGCCAUGAAGUGUUUGUCUGAGGUUGUUGCUGUAGACCCCAGUAUUCUAGCCAGGCUGGAUAUGCAACGAGGUGUUCAUGGACGAUUAAUGGAUUACUCCACUAGCGUACGAGAAGCAGCUGUAGAGCUGCUUGGCCGAUUUGUGCUCUGUCGUCCUCAGCUUGCUGAGCAGUAUUAUGACAUGCUGAUUGAAAGAAUAUUGGAUACUGGUAUCAGUGUCAGAAAAAGAGUGAUAAAGAUACUUCGGGAUAUCUGCAUUGAACAACCAACAUUUCCCAAAAUUACAGAGAUGUGUGUGAAAAUGAUUCGGAGAGUCAAUGAUGAAGAAGGCAUUAAGAAAUUAGUAAAUGAGACUUUCCAGAAGCUCUGGUUCACUCCAACUCCCCAUCAUGACAAAGAAGCAAUGACCAGGAAAAUACUAAACAUCACUGAUGUGGUUGCAGCUUGUAGAGAUACAGGGUAUGAUUGGUUUGAACAGCUUCUUCAAAAUCUGUUGAAGUCAGAAGAGGAUGCUUCAUAUAAACCUGUGAAGAAAGCUUGUACUCAACUUGUUGACAACUUGGUUGAGCAUAUCCUUAAAUAUGAAGAAUCUUUAUCAGAUUCUGACAACAAAGACAUGAAUUCUGGUCGCUUGGUUGCUUGCAUAACUACUUUAUUCUUAUUCAGCAAAAUCAGGCCCCAGCUAAUGGUCAAACAUGCUAUGACCAUGCAGCCAUACUUGACUACUAAAUGUAGCGUAAGUAGAGAAAAAUCAGAAUAACAGUCUUGUUUUUCCCCAGGUAAUUAAGAAUAGGAAUGAAUGGCUGUCUUGUAUGCUUGAGAUUGAAGGU